UAUACGCAAAGAUGGAGUCGAAAAUUUAUAAUGGCGACAAAUCUGUGAAAAUCUUGUAAAUAAUCAUAAAAAUUGCAUUGUCCCCAAAAAUGCAAAUGCAAUAACGUGAAACGUGAGUGUAAAAUAAAUGCUACGUAAAAUUGGUUGAACCUGUGCUGUUUUCGCACAGUAACAAGUGCCUCGCGUGUGUGUCUGCGGCGGCAAAAAACCCAAAUGUAAAAAUAUAUAACAAAAUUCAGUUCACAUAGGCCAAUACAAAAGUAGUGAUACAUGUGUUUAAUUUAUUGUAUCAGGAACCGUGGUACAAACUAUCCCAUCUAAAGUGUGCCAUCAUCAAUAACAAAUGCUUUUGUGACAAUAAAAAGGGGGAAAAAGUGCAAAAAAAACCUAUGAUUGCUUACAGGCAGAAGAGAGGAAGAGGAGGAUGGUUGGCUGCCAAGUAGAAGCUGAUAAAUGCAACACGCGCGCCACCUGCUUGCCUCCCGCUCGCACUCAUAGACAGAGUAAGCGCGCCCUUAAAACGAGCGUGCUGUGUGGGAGCGAGAAGGCGUGAGUGCGUGUCAUAGCAGCUAAACAAUAUCCGAUAGCUUAAGCGUUUUUCUAUAUUUUUUGUGUAUUUUUGGUGUAAAGGAUGGACAAAAAAUGGUUAAAUCCUUAUUAAUAGGCAGAGCCUACUUGCAAAAAACCUAAAAUUUUAAUGUCUUUAUAUUUCUGAACAUCAGACGAGCAGCAUAAGCGUGGCAAUUAUCUGAAUAAAUUAAGCAAAACACAAACACAGAAACGCACAAAGUGUGUGCAAAACAACGAACAAAACAAACCGAAGCAAACGAACGGGACGGGAGAAGACAAGCGGAGCGGGAAUAAGAUAACUCGCCUGUAGAGGAGUGCUGAGCACACAGGACUGCAAAGUGGCGUCGCUACUGAAGAUUAGGGCUGGGGCAGCAGCGGCGUCCAUGUCCAAGGGGCGGCACAACAAUAACCACUAUUGCACCACUACCAGGAGAGCGCAGCAACAGCAGCAGCCGGUGUGGUGUCGCCAACUGUGGCCUUAAGCAUGUAGUCUUGAAGCAAGAACCCGUUCUCUGACCAAGCACAAGAUACGAGGGAGAAGAAGUAAAUCAAAACAGCAGAAACACACAAAACCAACUCGACACCAAUGAAAAAUGUCACAAAGAGGUAAGCGCGGUAAUCAACAUCAUCAUCAGUCGCAUCAUCCGCCGCCGCAGCAGCAACAGCGUAAGGAUGUUGAGCCGCAGCCGCCCCCCACCAAACGGCGUAAAGGUAGACCGCCCAAUGGGGCAACAACAGCAGCGGCAGCAAUAGCAGCAGCAGCGGCAGCAGCAGCAGCAGCGGCAGCGGGAACAGCAACAGGAGGAGAUCGAGUUCCAGUUAUACCAUCGAGUAACAGCAAAAAUGAGGUGGAACAGGAGCUGGAUAUUGGUGGAGGAGGAAGUGGACUACUUGGAGCCGCCAGCAGCAGCAGCAGCAUUACCAAAUCCAAGUCAACGAAGCUGGCCAAGUCGUCUAGUAAAAGCAAGUCGCAGGGGGCGAGUACGAGCAGCUCCUGGCAGGCACGGUCCGUGGCAGACAUUAAAAUGUCGAGCAUCUACAAUCGCAGCUCAACGGAGGCCCCAGCUGAACUUUACCGCAAGGAUCUCAUUAGCGCAAUGAAAUUGCCAGACUCGGAGCCAUUGGCCAACUAUGAGUAUUUAGUUGUUGCGGAUCAAUGGAAGCAGGAGUGGGAGAAGGGCGUACAAGUACCUGUCAACCCCGACUCUCUUCCCGAGCCAUGCGUUUACGUUCUGCCCGAGCCAAUUGUGUCCCCAGCCCACGACUUUAAGCUUCCGAAAAAUCGCUAUCUGCGCAUUACCAAAGACGAGCACUAUUCGCCGGAGCUGCAUUGCCUGACGAAUGUCGUUGCCUUGGCGGAGAACACCUGUGCCUACGACAUAGAUCCCAUUGACGAGGCCUGGCUGCGGCUCUACAAUAGCGAUCGUGCCCAAUGCGGUGCUUUCCACAUAAACGAGACGCAGUUCGAGCGCGUCAUUGAGGAGCUGGAGGUUCGUUGCUGGGAGCAGAUUCAGGUCAUUCUUAAGCAAGAGGAAGGCUUGGGCAUCGAGUUCGAUGAGAACGUCAUCUGCGAUGUUUGCCGGUCCCCCGACUCCGAGGAGGCCAACGAAAUGGUAUUCUGUGAUAAUUGCAAUAUCUGUGUGCAUCAGGCUUGUUACGGCAUUACAGCAAUCCCAUCAGGUCAAUGGCUAUGUCGCACCUGCUCCAUGGGCAUAACGCCUGACUGCGUGCUCUGUCCGAACAAGGCUGGUGCCAUGAAGUCCAACAAAUCGGGCAAGCACUGGGCACACGUCUCCUGCGCCCUGUGGAUACCAGAAGUCAGCAUUGGAUGUGUGGAUCGCAUGGAGCCCAUAACAAAAAUCUCAAGCAUUCCUCAAUCGCGUUGGUCUCUGGUCUGCGUGCUCUGCCGCAAGCGCGUGGGCAGCUGCAUCCAGUGCUCGGUGAAGCCCUGCAAAACAGCCUACCAUGUGACCUGCGCAUUCCAGCACGGCUUGGAGAUGCGGGCCAUCAUCGAAGAGGGCAAUGCCGAAGAUGGCGUCAAGUUGCGUUCCUAUUGCCAGAAGCACAGCAUGAGCAAGGGCAAGAAGGAGAACGCUGGCGGUGCAAGUGGGGGAGGCAGUGCCUCGGUCACGAGUUCCAUGCACAAAGCGAACAAGUACGCCACGGGCACAGGCGACGGAGCAAACGAGGGCAGCAGUGCGUGCGGCAAGACAGGAGAGGAUCAACGCAGGCGUAAGAAUCAUCGAAAGAACGACAUGACCUCCGAGGAGCGUAACCAGGCAAGAGCUCAGCGUCUACAGGAGGUGGAGGCGGAGUUCGACAAGCAUGUGAACAUCAAUGACAUCAGCUGUCAUCUGUUCGAUGUGGACGACGAUGCCAUUGUGGCCAUAUACAAUUACUGGAAGCUGAAGCGGAAGUCGCGCCACAAUCGGGAGCUGAUACCGCCCAAGUCCGAGGACGUGGAGAUGAUAGCCCGCAAGCAGGAGCAGCAGGACUUGGAGAACCACAAGCUGGUGGUUCACUUGCGGCAGGAUCUGGAGCGAGUUCGCAAUCUCUGCUACAUGGUUAGCCGGAGGGAGAAGCUGUCGCGCUCCCUCUUCAAGCUACGCGAGCAGGUCUUCUACAAGCAGCUGGGAGUGCUCGACGAGACGCGCCUGGACAAGCCGCAGCAGAAGCAGGACGAUAAGCAGCGUCCCGCCUUGGACAUGGACGCUGUCAUCUAUGCCAACGAUGGGCCCACGUUGUACGAUCGCUUCUACAGCUCGGCUGGAGGACAAACUGUGCCGGCACAGUACCAGAAUCUGGAGUACGUCCUCGAGCAGCUCAUGGGCAAGCUACAGAGUGGCAAGCAGGGGCGUGGACGUGCCUCCCAGUCCCCCAACAAGCGUAAGCAGGUGGCCAAAGCUUCCCCCACCAAGAAGCUCAACAAUGGCGCCAUUACCUCCCGCACAUCUUCUCCAGAGAAGCCGGCAGCGAUGGGCAAGGUGCCAUCCACAUCCACCUCCAUCGCCACCGCUACCACCGCUGCCAAAGUGCGGGGUGCGCCGCCUGGGAAGCCUCCUGCAGGGAGGCGUGCCUCGAAGAGCGGCGCGGCGACGGGGACGUCGACCCACAAUAAAACCCAAUCGCAAUCGCAUUCCCACAUCCGGAGCAGUGCGUCCUCCCAUACGUCAAGCGGCAGUUCAUCAUCGGGUGAUUCCAGCUCGCCGAACGGCACCAGCAGCUCCGACAGUUCCUCUGCAAGCGAUUCGGGCAGUGAGAGCGGAAGCUCAAGCGCGGCCAGCGGAAUCUCAAGGCGAAAAUCCACCACAGGGAGUCCUCUCAAAAAGCAAAGCUACGCCCGCUCCGUGGAGCAGCGACAGAAGCAGCGCCAGCGGCGUCAGAGUGAGGCGGCUGCGGGUGCGUCUGCGGCGUCUCCGAACUCAAGAUCUGCCACCAGCUCCAGCGAAGAUGAGGAUGAGCAGCAGAGGCGGCGGCAGGAGCCGGAGCGUGAGCGAGAGCGAGACGGCCGCGGACGUGGAGCAAUAUGCAACAAAACAGUACCUAACAGAACCCAGCCAACUAAGUCAAAGCAGAGCACUCAAGCAGAUGCAGGAUCAGGCGCAGGAACAGGAACAGGAGCCGCAGUCGAAACGGGUGCGAGAAGAAAACUGUCUACAAACACACGAGGACUGGCUCAGAUGCACAAAGAUGCCGAGGAGAGCUUGUCGAGCGAUGAAAGUGAAGAGCUGCUGCCUCUGAAGAACGAACGGCAACGCGAGGCCGCCUUAUCGUCGGGACUGGCGGCGUCUGGCCCGACCACCGGAGGCCGCAAGAUGGGGCAACACAUUUACUCCGACUCGGAGAGUAGCUCCUCCUCCAACGAGAAGGAGCUGGAAGAAAUAACCGCUGUCGAGAGCAACGUCAGCGACUCGCAGAACCAGCAGACGAUACGAACGAAGGCGGCCAUGAAGGAGUUUGUGCCAGGGACAGCUGCGACAACGACUCAAUCAGUCUCGAGCGCCACAGCCGCUGCCAGCAAAUUCACAAAAUCCACAAAGGAGGCAAAAGAAGGAGCCAGCAGUUGCAAGGCGAACUCCAACGUCAAGUUGCCAUAUCCAGCGGAUCUUCUCGUGGUUCCACAGCGCCAGGCGGCCAAGAAGGCAUCCGAAAACAUGCGCUCCACGAAUCUCGCCGCAACGCUGCAGCCAGAUGCCGCGGAUAGAAUGCGGGAGCCGGAAAGCCACCCGGCCACCACGAUUGCCAAGAACAAGCUGAAGGACUCUGGCUCGAAGCAAGCGACGGAGGCGGACAAAUUCGGAGGUGGAGACAAGGUGCGAUCCAAAGAGCAGUCCAAGUCCACGGCGAAGUCGGCUGGAGAAGCGAUAGUGGAACGUGGAAAGCGUGGGAGACCGCCCAAGGUGCCGAGAGAGCCCCCUGCCCCCUCCACCAGCAGCACCGAAAAAGAGAAACCACCUCCGCCUGCCGAAGCAAAGUCCACUGCUCCUGCCGCAAAGCCUACCGCGGCCAAGACCAGUUUUGCUGUCUCCUAUGUGCCGCAGCGUCAGGCAGCCAAGAAGGCGGCGGAACAGCUGAAAAGCAGCAAGCCCCUGCAGGACACCACCUUCUCCACUGCGAACGAGUCUGCAGAGAAGGAGCCAGCGGCGACGACAGCGACAACGGCGGGGAUGACUACGCUAGGAGUAGCCACGAGUUCGCCGGCAAAGCCCUCGAGAAGAACUUCGCUGAAGGAAGCACCGAACACUCCAAAGGAAAGUUCUGCUAACCGAAGAAAGUCAAAGGAGGAGGCGGCAGCGAAAACGACAACACCGAUCAAGCGUCGGAUUGCGGCACCCAAUCUGUCCAGCUCCAGCUCCGGGGACAGUGAUAGCUCCAGUUCCUCCAGCAGCUCGGGGAGCAGCUCGAGCAGUGGCAGUGGCAGUGACUCCGAUAGCGACUCGCAGGCCAGCGAUGCAGAGAAACCAAGGCAAGCAGGCAAGGAGCCAGCUCCAAGCGCUGCUGCACCGUGCAGUACCGUGUCCUCCAAUGUGCCAAAGCGUUCACCGCGCAAAUCUGUGGACAAGCCUACAGCAUCGGCAGCAGCCGCAGCCGCAGCCGCAGCAGCAGCAGCAGCAGCAGCAGCAGCAGCAGCAGCAGCCGCCGCAACUCCCGCGCCGCCCCCGCCUCCACAGCCUCUAACUGCAAGGACACGUCAGAACUCCACCAACAAAUCGCCAAAGAGAGCACCCCAAAAGUCAGUGGCAACUGUUGACAUUCAGGACGAUGCCCAAAGCGCCCCCAAAACGCACUCCCAUCGACGCCAAUCCUCUCCAGACGAGGGAUCGAAGCAAGUCCAGUCGGAGCAAUUCACCAAAAGAGCAACACGUGGCUCCAAGUCCCGCCCUCCCUCGCCAGUAGUCAAGUCAUCGCCAGAGAAACAGACCGCCCGACGAAAGUCCCGAGCCGACGAGUCCCCCAAAAAGCUACCAAACCUGGAGCACGAAAUCAACCAGAGGAAGGCGGCCAGCGGAAGGGCUACCAGCGCGUUGGACAAGAUGCUGGACAAGAAGCAGCAGCAAAUCAACAAUUCCACGCCAGCGUCGCCGCCCAGAAAGUCACUCACACCCACGCCCACGCCGCCUCCAGCUCGUUCGCCGCUGCCGGAGAAGCUCCAGCGGGAGCCCGAGCCAGUCGUCGAGCCCGAGGUGGAGACAGAGAUAGAGCCCGCAACGGAGGCUGGGGAGUUGCCCAUGGAUAUUGAUGAGGAGCUCACCACCGCUCCAACGCACACGCAGCUAUCGGCCAAUGCCAGCAAAUUGGCGGACAUCAUUGACGACGAGCGACCGCCUGCCGCUCCACUUCCUGCCUCGCCCACACCCACGCCCACCUCCAACGACGAGUUGUCGGAUGCCGGCAGUGAUCUCAGCGAGCGGUGUCGCAGUCGCUGGCGCUCGAGGCGUAGGAGGAGGAGACGUAGCCACGAGCCAGACGAAGAGCACACCCAUCACACGCAGCACCUCCUGAACGAGAUGGAAAUGGCCCGCGAGUUGGAGGAGGAGAGGAAGAACGAGCUGUUGGCGAAUGCCAGUAAGUAUUCGGCGUCAACGUCGUCUCCAGCAGUGACGGUUAUCCCACCCGAUCCCCCGGAAAUCAUUGAAUUGGAUUCGAACUCGGCAAACUCGGGAGGAGAUCAGCAGCAGCAGCAGCAACAGCAGCAGCAGCAGCCGUUGCCACAACAGUUGAUGGUACACUCGCCCUCAAGCGAGGUAGCCUCUACCAUUCAGCAGCAGCAGCAGCAGCCCCCGCCUUCGCAUCAGACCUUAAUCGACCAGUUGCCUGUGGAACACAUGGCCCCAGUGCUGACAACCGGUCCAGCGGCCCCUUGUGUCCUAGAGCCGAUUGUGGACACCAUUCUAGAGAUGGAGGACAGCAAAUUUGCGAAUAACUUUGCCUCGAGCCUAGCCAGCGUACUGAAUCCACCCAAUCCCGGGCAGAUGAGUCUCCUUGGAUCGAGCCUGGACAGAGGCGAGCAGAUCUCCGAGGAGGAUAGUAUCCAGGCCACACGAAAUCUCCUGGAGAAAUUACGCAAGACCAAGCGGAAGCCCCAGGACGACUGCUGCUCGAAGGAAGCCGUUGACUUGUUGCCCCCAACGCCAGCCAUACCGUCGGUGUUCCCCUUCCACAAUGCUGCUGACCCCGAGGAUAUUAUUCACGCCCAGAAGGAGCAGCAGCAACAACAACAGCAGCAACAGCAACAGCAGCAGCAGCAGCAACAACAGCAGCAGCAACAAAGCUGUCUAUAUGGCAACUCCUCGGGACCGAACUCUGUGGCUUCCCUGACGAUCAAGGACUCGCCGAUGACAGCCAACAGUGGAAGCUAUGCCAACAGCUUAACGAACACUCCGAAUGCCACGCCCACGAACGCCACAAUGGGCAACAAUCUGGGAGCAAGCGGUGGCUACCAGGUGAACUUUGGCAACUCCCAGCAGGCGCCGCCCCUGAGCUGCUUCCUUGAAAAGUCGCCCCACCAGAAGGGAGGCUGUCCGCUCUCCAACAACGGCGGAGCAGUCCCGGGGGCCACUCCAGACUUUGUGGACCUGGCUGCAGCGGCCGUGAAGAAUAGUCUCGGAAGCUACCAAGCCGGAGCACCGGUUCCGGCCCAGUCCGGGACAGGAAGCAACAGCAACAAGCUCAGCGACUACGACGAGAACACACGCAUGCAGUCGCCCUUCGGCAGGAUGCAGCGCUGGAACGAAAACGAUCUCAUAGCAGCGCGGCGCAGCAGCUCCCCCAGCUCUGUCUCGGAGUCCAACGACCAGCCGCCAGCAACUGUGGCUGCCCGCAACAUAUCGCAGCUGGAGGGAUGCAAGACCUUCUUCAACAGCUACGCCAGUGGCAAUGGUGGCGGCGGGAGUGCUGUCAAUCCCACAGCCCCCUACAGUCAUGCUCCCCUGGUCAAUGGCAUUGACGGCAUGUCCAUGUUCAGCAACGCAGCGGCUCCGCAGCAACAAACAACGCCGACCCACCAGCAGCAACAGCAACAGCAGCAACAGCAGCAGCAGCAGCAGCAGCAGAGGACGCCGAAUAGUCAAUUCAACGGAGGAAUCUAUCCCCAGCUGGCGGUGAUGAUGCACACUCAGUCAACGACAACGGAAUCGACUCCGAGCUUGUACGGCAAUGGUGGAGUGGGCGUGGUGCCUGGUGUUGGUGUGGGUGUGGGAGCUGUGCCGACAACACUGCCACUGGCACCCCCACCACAAGCACCCCAGUACUCUGGGACGCCGUACACGACGCCCAGCCUGGGAAUGCUGCCCGUUCAGCAGCAGGCUGUUGUUCCGCCCGUGCAAGUUUCGACUACCCCGAACCAUCAGUUUGCCCUGGCCUCGCCGGUAGACGGAAAGAUUCCCGCCUACCCUGCCCAUCCGGCUCACCCAGCCCAUCCCGCCCAUCCUGCCCAUCCUGCCCAUCCAGCUCAACUGCUUAGCAGUUGCGUGGAGGCAGCGGUUGUGUCGAUGAUGCCGCCAACGACACCGGUGGCCGUGGCAGCCAAAGAGUCGCCGAACAAGAGGAGCAGCGCCAACAGCGGGAGUGCAGCGAAGAAGCAGACAAACAAAUCCCCACAACUGCCACAGGGGAAAUCUCCUGGAAAGUCGCCCAGGCAACCCGUGCAGCCGCAGCCGCCGACGCCUCCUGCGCCCGCUCCGGCCGUGGCUCUGCCGCCAUCUAAGUACGAUCCACUGACACACACGAUUCAGGGCAAGCCCCGACAACGCGCCCCGAGGGGAAGUGGCGGCUCCGGGGCUCCUGGUAGAGGCAGGGGACGAGGCAGAGGACGAGGUCGCGGGGCAGGGGCUGCCAGUGGAAUGGCCAUGCCCCUUCCGCCGCCCAUGUCGGAUUACGGAAGCAACACGCACAUAGUCAACAACCUGGUGGGCACGCCCUUCGAGUUCAACAACUACGACGACGACAUCACGGGACCAGGAGUGGAGAAUCUGCAGUCGCUGAGGGAUCGGCGCAGAAGCUUCGAGCUGCGAACACCGCGAGGACAGCCCAAGCCCACGCCAGCGCCCACUGCAGCGACGACAACGAAUCCGCUGCUGCAUCCCGUGCUGCCAGGGCCCGUGGACAUGAGGACCUACAAUCUCGGAUUUGAGGCUCCGCAUAGCACGGCCUCCCAGGAGGCCUACCAGAACAACCUCCUGGGAGCCUUCGACUCCGGCACCGCUGACCAAACGCUGAGCGAGUUCGACGAGGAAGAUGAACGCCAGUUCCAGUCGGCCCUCAGGGCGACAGGGACUGGCACCUCGCCCAGCAAGCACCCAGCGGUGUCGGCAGCGCCAGUCGCUCCUGCUUCAGCUCCAGCUGCAAACUCUCAACCGCCCGCGAACCUGCUCCUGCACUCGACAGAGGCCAAUCAGAUGGCACCCAGUGUCGCUGCCACAGGAGGCGCCACCCACCUGAUGGAGGGAUCGUUGGUUGAGGCUUCCCUAGAGGCAACCUCGGAGGAGGUCUCAAUAGACUCGGACACGACGAUUAUGAACAGCAAAACGUCCAUUUGCGAUGCCCGCAACCAGCUGAAGCUGAAGAUCAAGAGCCCCUUGGCGUACUCCGGGGAGCACUACGGCGCGAUGGCGAACAGCCUGAGCAGCAGCCUGAGCCUCUCCAGCAGCACUCUGGUGCAGUCCUCGAGUGCUGUGCAAACCACGGUGUCCACCUCCACGGUGGUCAGUGCUUCCUCCGUGGGGAGCGGCAACUCGCGACGAAUGCGAAAGAAGGAGCUGCUCAGCCUGUACGUGGUGCAGAAAGACAACCUCAACGACGACAGCUCCUGCGGGCUUCCUGCGGCCUCCGACAGCCUUCCCCUGGGCCCCGACUUCUUGCGCAAGUCUGAGGAGGAAGAGGAUGUGUCCACCGGCAAUGGCAACGGGUCCAAAAGGUUCAAGAAGAACUCCAGCAGCAGGGAACUGCGCGCUCUCGACGCCAAUUCAGUGCUGGCGGAGGACCAACAGCUCGCAGGCGCUUCGGGCGGCGGAGCAGGAACGGCGUCUGGCGAUGGAAGACGUCGCAGCGCGUGCAGCUCGGGAAGCAACAACGACAACAACGGCAAGACCGGCGCGGCCACCAGUGCAGGUAAGCGUCGAGGACGGAGCAAGACCCUCGAGAGCAGCGAAGACGAUCAUCAGACGCCCAAGCUGAAGAUUAAGAUCCGGGGCUUGUCGGGCAGCGAGGCAGUCGCGUCUGCGGGCAUUUCCAAUGCGGGCGACAGCAAGAGCUACAGCUAUGAGAUGACCCGCAGGGCCUGUCCUCCCAAGAAGCGCCUGACCAGCAACUACAGCACACCCACGCUGGAGGAGAUCAAGAGGGACUCCAUGAACUAUCGUAAGAAAGUCAUGCAGGACUUUGACAAGGGCGAGGAGAACAACAAGCAGGAUAGCUCCGGCCUACCUCUAGAUGGGGAAGCCCUGAUGCCGCAGCCUCCCAGCAAGCGGCCCAAGUCGUCAAAGCCGAAGAAGGACAAAAAGGAGAAGAAACGUCAAAAGCAGAAGCAGCUGAUCUUGAACAGUAGCUCAGCCACCACCACGAUGACCACCACGUUGAUUGAGAACACGGCCAGUGCCUCUCCAGGCGAUAAGCCAAAGCUGAUCUUACGAAUCAACAAGCGCAAGACCGAGACGUCGACGAAAAUCACGUGCUUGGAGCAGCCACCGGUGAACGAGGCACCGCUGCGCCUGAAGAUAGCUAGAAACUUGUCGGGAGGAGGCUAUAUCAUCGGUGCUAAGGCUGAAAAGAAGGAAGAUCCGCCACCGGAUCCCCCACCAGAUCCAAACCAGCCGAAUGUGUCUCCAGCUAACGAGCUGCCGCUGAUGGCUCCUCUCGGGGAGACAUCGCCCCAAGGGCUGCUUCUCAACAGCUUUACGCCGCAUUCCCAGAAUGCGAAUGCCUCCCCAGCGCUGCUAGGCAAGGACAGCGGAACCCCGUCGCCGCCCUGUUUGGUAAUCGACUCCAGCAAGAGUGCCGAUGUGCAUGACUCCACCUCGCUGCCGGAGAGCGGCGUGGCUGCCAUGGGUGUGCCUGCCUCCCUGGUAGGUGCCACCACCCCGUUGUGCGUGAACGUUGGGAACUAUGAGAACAGCAACAACUCGUUGCCAUCGGCCAGCGGCACCGGGUCGGCAUCCAGUAACUCCUGCAACAGCAAUUCGAACAACAACAACAAUAACGGCAGCGGAGGAGGCGCAACCAGCGGAGGCGGCAGUUUGCUUCCAUUGAAAAAAGACUGUGAGGUUAGAUGAUAAUCAUAAAAGAGCGAGAGAAUCGCUUACACGUGUGUGUUUUCUAUCAGUUCCAUUCAUUUCAUUUUCCCCUUGUGUCCCUUUGUGUGAUUCCUCUGCCCCUGGCACUGGCCCUGCCCCUUUUGUUGUAAAUGAGCAUUAGUUUCCUCUCCUCCCGUUCCCUACCAUGCCCCUCGCAAACAUUAAAUUGUACAGUUAGUUUGUAAGCCUCCUUCCUCCUUCCUCCCUUCUACCUUCUACCCUAGCCCUCUACUCCUUUACUCCUUUACUCCUCUGUCUGUAACACGUUUGUUGUAAUCGCAUGAGCGUAAACAAGAUAUUAUCAAUAUAUAGAUCCAUGUCUAUAUAUAUAUAUAUAUGAUGAUGAUGAUACCAAUACAUAUAUAUAUAUAUAGCAUUAUGUAUACUAAGGCCUCACUGCAGGAAACAAGUAAAGCUAAUUGUACAUUUUUUAGUAAAAGCAGAUUAUACUUUUAAGGUUUUGUAAAUUUCUGUAUUAAAGUUAAAAAACAAAACGCAAAUCGCAAAACGCAAAACGCAAAAGAAUGUGUAACCUAUAAAUCCAAAAAUGCUCUCGGUUUAGGUUUACGAAUGCCUCCAUUCACCCAAAAAUCCUUCCACUCCUACUCACUCAAAUGAUCGAUAAAACCAAGCAUAUGCAUAUAUAUAUAUAUAUAUA